UCAAACUUGAAACUUGUUUAUUUUGCAAAAUACAAAAUAAUCCGUCGCAAUUAUCUAAUUUUAUAAAAACUUAAGCUACUGCACAACAUUUAGAUGUUGUUAAAAGUAAUACAAAAUAUAAUGCAGUGAAAUAAUCAAAAAUCAUGAGGCGAGGUCAUGCAAGAUCAAGUGGAUGGCGUAAUGAAAAUCCUAGACAUUUUAGGCCCCGAAACGGCGGCAAUCCUUUUUAUCGACCACCAAGGCCAAUUUUUGGUCUAUUAGAUACACCACGCUUUCCACCACCAAACCAUCCCAAUAGGCCACAUGCAUAUGGUGGUAGAUUUGAAAAUAUUGAAAGGGGACGUGAAAAACAUUCAGGAGAGUCUAGUUAUAGGCCCGAUCCUCACAAUUCUUAUCAGAGUAAUUCAGAAAAACCACGGUAUAAUGAAAGACAAAAAUUUUUUGCAAAAAACAGGCCUGAAUAUGAAAAGCCUUCUGAUUCAUACAAUAAUCAAAGAAACUUUGUGCAAAAUAAACAUGACAAUAGUUUCUUGCAUAAAAAUAGCAUGGGAGAUGUUGAUCAUCGGCAAGUAAGUCACAAUAGAAAUUACAGAAGUGGUAAUAUUGAUCCUUGGAAUGAUGACGCCAGACCAUAUAGACCAAGAAAUUAUGACCCUGUACAGCGAAAUGAUUUUCCUGAGUCAAAUAAAAUCCCUUUACCAGAAUAUUCCGGGCACAGGCCUCCAUCAUCUGAUCACUACGGUUGUAGCUCUUCAAUUUCAACGAUUGAAAAGUCAAACUCUUUCAGCCGAUCAGUAGAUGAUACUGUUGAUAUUGUAAGGAAACGUCUUCAAAAUCGAUCUGAAUCAACAAGUUUUGAUAAUUAUGAAAACAGGCAAAGUAUAGAAGAUCAAACAUUUGGGCAUGAUCAAGUGAAUACAUCAGAUGGAUCACAAGAAUCUCCAAUAAAAAGGAGACUUCAGAGACAAAGACAAAGUGAUAAAGUAAACUGUGCUAAAAUGAAAAACAAAAUAGUGAAUCAGCUGUUUAAAAUGGACAAAGAAAAAAUUCACAAACUUAUGGACAAUCCCAACUGUUCUUCCAAAUUUGAAUUUGCAAUCAAUAGUCUUAUAACUGAAUCACAAAACAGUUUUAAUAGGCAUUUACGAUCUGUUGCAGAGAAGUCGUUGUGCAGUUCUAGUGAUGAUUUUAUUCAGAGUGACAACAACACAAUAUAUGAAGAUACAUUCAUGAAACAAAUGCAAUGCAUAUUAGAUCCACAAGAUACUAUACUUCUAGAAGAUAUAAAACCCAUUGUGAUGGCAGAACUGAGUAGUAUAUUGCAAGUAGAUGAAGAAGAUAAUCAAUAUAUACAAGAUGAGCAUAUUAUGCAUUUCAAUGAGUUUCAACAAAGUAACUCGAGAAACCAAAACAUACCAACGGAUCAAAUGCAUUGCUAUGACAAUUAUGGUAAUGUUCAAGAAGACUAUGAUAACAAUUACUGUCACAAAAAUCUUGAUAAUAUGGUGUCCUCUCAUUCUCAUGAAACUGAACGUUGGCCACUAUUUCAAAGAAGGCCGCAGAGAAUAAGUAAACAUUUUAGUACUGAUACAACAACUUCUCAAUAUCGUAAUUCUAAUGACAAAAUUGAUCACUCAUUUGAAAGUCAAAAAGGUUUUGAUGCUAAUACCGAACCACUAUCUGAAGAAGAUGACACCUUUGCAGAACUUGAUAAUCAGUAUCAUGUGGCAGUAGAUCAUGAUUUUAUUGAACAAGAAGAUAGCAUAUCUGAACAAAAUGCAGUGAAUCGUACAUCAUACUCAGUCUUUGUUAAAAGUGAAAAGGUUGAAAAGGAAAUAGAAUGUAAACAGGAAGUAAGAGAAGAAAUUUGUGAUAGAUCUUGCACAAAUCCAAAUCGAAAUGACACGGUUGAAGAAAAACCUGAAAAUUUAAAAUUUUCUUUCACUUCAGAUGUUGAAAAUGCUAAAGUUAGUGAACAGAAAAAUAGAGAGUCUAAUACAAGUCAAAGUAAAAGGAGAACAAUCGAUGAUUUUCCCAGUAAUAAGUUUACACCAGACUCACGCAAAAGAACCAAUGACCAAAAACCAUCUCAUCGAAAAGAAAAACGCAAAAAAAGCGAAAACAGUCAAACUUUGGAGACAAGUAAACAAAUUUUGAAUAAAAAUAUAAUUAUAAACGUAAAUGAUUGCGCAAAUAAAACAUCCGAGAAGUGUGAUGCACCAAAAUCGAUAUUUAAUUUAUUCUUUUCGAAAGAAAAAGAUAAAACAGUUUCUAAAGAGAUAAACGUUAUUUCAGAGAAGCCUGUUAUUAAGAAAGAAGUUUCAAAAACACCUGACGCAAAAAUUGAUAGAAGACGAAAAAAAUGCAACUCAAUGUCAUCCAACCUAUCCACAAGUCCAAAAGAAUUGAAUAAUUCAUGUAAUAUCAGUUCAACAUCCAAAACAGACACCAAAGCCACUUUAAAAACAAUUGACAUGUUUACUGAAAAACCUAAAAAAGUAAGUAUUCAUCAAGCCCAUAGAAAUACUUCAAAACUUGAUCUUGAAAGUGACAAAAAAUUAGAUAAAACAGUAUUAACCAAGCAAGUAAGUAAAUCACAGGCUACAAUUCAAAUUCCUAAAAAAAUAUCAUCCAAAGAGACACAAACCAUAAAACCAAAAAAGCAAACAAGAUUUAGUCAAACUAUUAAUAAAGCUAUGGCGUUUAAAGCUACACAAACCGAUAUAAAAGUUUGUGAUAAGCCAGGCUCAAAAACCACAGAUCCACUUGAAAGGAUGAAAGAAAUUGAUUUAGAAAUACAGGCUUUAAUUCAAGAGAAGUUUAAAUUAUACAGCUCAAUUGAGUCUAAAGAAUCAAGUACAAAUUCUUUAAAUAGUCUAGGUAUGACGGUUCUAAAUGUUGGGGUUGAAGAAGAGCAAAAUGAGCCAAUACUAACAGAGGAUGCCAUUGUGGAGAACUUUGUAAACAUCCCUGAUGACGAGUUGGAAAAAAUUGUAUUUAACAGUGAUCCACAUGAAUUAAGUACAGAAAACGAUGGUAGAAAAACAAAUACGCGGAAAGUUACUUCCCAAACUAGUCAACUGUCAGACGUAUCAGCAAGGACAAUUAAAAAGCCCAAUAAAAAAUUCAAAACACCAAACAUAUCACUUAUUGAACAAAUCAUAACAGACGAAAGACCAUUAGAGGAUAUCAUAUCUCUUGAUGAUUAUGAAUUAACACCAGUAAAGAAAAAAGGUAAAAGUAAAAAACCUCGCCAAAUAUCUAGGAAAAAACCAGUUCACAAGGGAAAUCUCUCUAUAGAUUACUAUAAAAAAUACAGCCUUAAGGGGUGCUCUGUUGUAUUGACGAGAACAGAUAUACAAGAGUAUUUGAAAGACACUACUGUGACAUCAUCACUGGGGAAAGAUGAAAACUUAAUGUGUAAUGUUGAGCCAAGAGCAACUGCUGACGAUGUACCAACUAAAAUUAUAGAAGAAGCAGUUGUUAAUGAGAUCCAAUUUGAUAUGCUUGAUGUAUCCGAGGACAUUGUUAUUGGCGAUGUUUGUGCUGUUAAAGCUGACAAUGACAAGGACGCUGUUGAAAAUGUUUCCUUGUCAAUUAAUGAGGAAGUAAUAUUAGAUAACAGCCAAUCGUCCAUGGAAGAAGUGGCAACUACAGUUUUUGGACAAAAUGAUGGGUGUAAAGUUUUUGAUUAUUCAGCUGAUGAGAAUUUAAAGAGAGACUCAACUCUCGUAUCUGGCAAUGGUGAUGCUAUACUAGCUAUUGAGUGUGUUGAAAACAAUUUCUUAGCUGCAUCCUUAGAUGGACAUGUUUACUACUUUAAUUCUGAUGGUCAACUGCUUUCUACAUUAUAUGGAUCAAACUUUGCAGUAACAUGCCUUACCAUAGUGAAAGAAAAGUAUGGUACUACUGUCUACACAGGUUCCCUAGACUCUAGACUAAGACUGUAUGACUUGGAGACGGGACGUCCGGUAGGUGCAGAGACAAAUGUGCUUAGUCCUAUACAGACAAUGGACCGAGCGUGGGACACAUUGUUUGUUGGUACCAGAACAGGAUUUGUUUUGCAGUUUGAACAUAAGAAUAACUUGCUGAUCCCAGUAAGUUCUGUGAAGUUUUCGGACCAGUCUAUUUUGGCUCUGAAAGCAAUGAAGGAAGGUCCCCGUAAAGUUUUGCUUGUGGCUGCCAGGUCCGAAAAUGUGACAAUAAAGGAUGCCCAAACAGGCCUAUUGCUACGAACUCUGGUUGGACCCAAAAUGACAGUCUACUCACUUCUCUAUGAAGAUGGCAAAGUUUAUUGUGGAACAAGUAGUCAUCAAAUACAUGUUUUUGACUACACCAGCGGGUCGCACGCCGGCACGCACUCUGGCGGCAAGGGCGCGGUGUGCCUGCGAGCGACGGGCGGGCUAGUGUUCGCUGGCUGCUACGACGGCUGCGUCUACAUAUACCGGGAGGGUGAGAACGAGCCGCGCGCGCAGAUCGUCGGACCGAGCCUCAUGCUGCUGUCUUUGGCCGUAGUUGGAACCAAGAUUAUUGCAGGCUACAAAGACAGAAGUUUGUACAUAUGGAAAAUCCCACUUUGUAUAUUACAAGAGAUGAUACUUUAAGUUUUUUUUGUUAUAAUAUUAUAAGUAGCUGUAAUUCUCACCUUUACUAAUUUUAGAUGUUACCCUUUUAUUUUAGUAUGAAAUAUACAGAAUAUAUUAUAUCUUAAAAGUUUUUAUUUAAGUAGUGUUAAAAAGUAAGUUUGAACAGGUUUAAUGAAUGCAUAAUUUUGA